AUGGCAUCCCAGAGCGUUGAGAGCUACCGCGCCGGGGCAGACGUCGUCAGUGGAGACGCAGCGGCAUGCAAGAAGGCCGCAGUUGAGCUGCUCGGAGAGAUUGGCCUCCCGAAGGGCCUCUUCCCGCUGGACGACAUGCAGGAGUUCGGCUACAACCGCGAGGCAGGGUUCAUGUGGCUCGUCCGGGGCAAGAAGAAGGUGGAGCACACGUUCAAGAAGAUCAAGCAGACGGUAUCGUACGCCGGCGAGGUGACGGCGUUCGUGGAGAAAGGCAAGCUGAAGAGGAUCGCGGGAGUGAAGACCAAGGAGCUGAUGAUCUGGCUCAGCGUCGUGGAGGUGUACGUUGACGAGUCAGCGCCUGGCAAGGUCACCUUCAAGACUGGCACUGGGCUGUCUGAUUCCUUCGACGCAACUGCGUUUGAGCUUGGCAUGUGA